AGCCCUGAACCCUGGGCCUCUGCCUAUUCAAAGGAGUGGAGCUUCUGGUCAAGAAAGCUUCAUGCUUUCUUCACUGCAUUAUCUUUGUAUUGUGUUUGGUUUGGAUGUACCUAUGUUUGUAAAAACUUAGGUUUUUCCAGAGGAGGAAGGAAGCCCUAUUGACACCUUCAUCCUCUCAGUUUUAAGCAGAUCGUGCAGGCUGAGAUCUGCGUUUCCUGGUCCUUGUCAGCAGUCACUUCACAGGAAAACUUUGUUUCCAAUGCGUGUCUUGAAAGGCAAGGCCAUCACACCCUGCUACAAAAGCAAACACGUUUUCCUCAGCUUUCUGUGCUGAAUUUAUUUCUGUGCUACAAAGGCCUUGGUUCUGGUGUCACGCACCCCAGUGUAAAUCAAAGAGUGAUUCCACUGAGCUGGGCUGCACCGAAGGAAAAGCAGGGGUGGGCUUUUGCUCUUCUUACUUUUAGCAAUUUAAUAAUGCGCAGCCGUGGUCUAAGAGUUAGAAAGGGGAGAGAGAGUUAGUUAACUCGGGGAAAUUGAAGUCAGAAGCGCAUGGAUGCAUUGCUUUCCAGCAGAUCUUUUGUAACAACUGCUCUCUGUAUUUCAGCGUGAAGCGGGUCUUGGGCCUCUGGUGAGCUCCCCUGUUAAGACAGGGUGUCCUCUGUUCACGUACGGCGGUUAAUGAUGUCCAUAUUUGCUGAAACGGAAAACCUGGCACCCGCACAAGUUUGAGGACUGGCUGUUCUUCAGAUGAGAGCAAGAGAAAAAUGGGAAGACAUUUUAUGCGAGGAGACACUAGAAGCUGUCACCACCCAAUCUUUGAUGGUCUCGGUGCUGCUGGAAUGUUGCAGGAGUGGCUCGCCUUUUAGUCCCCCGCUUUGCUGGCCCUUGCAAGCACGGAUGUGCCUCCUCGUUGAGCAUUGCCCUGGCACUUUGAGCCAGCACGUCCCCGCUGCGGGAGCGGGUCUGCACAGCCACCACGGGAGAAACGUGGUUCAGCCGAGGCCGGUGCUGCGGUGGAGACGGGAGGAGGAUGAAGCGAUGGGCGAAGGCGUCCGCGUCUCGCAUCAGCUGCAGCUCCCCACGCAAGCCCCAGGAGACAUGGUUUUUAGGCAGCCCUGGGGACCAGUGGCUGAACUUGAAAAUCGCUGCGUGUGGCCGGGCGGUGGCUUGUGUCACAAGCGUAUGGGAUUUUUGGAGUCACGAGUGAAAAGGCUGCUGCGGGUGAGUACCGCUGAGCUGGCCCCUUCAGCGAGGUUUUUGUCCUUGUCCCGCCGCGCCUCGCGGGACUUUGGCUGGGUGACCGCGGGCCGGCGCGGUGACGGUGGCCCCGUGAUGGGCGUCAGGCAGGAGCUGGAAGCGGCUGGACCAGAUGCAGAGAGGUCACGUCGUCGCACGCCGUGAUCUCACUUCUCCUCAGGUGUGCAGAAAUCCCCGGGGAUUCCAGCCCAGAAACGAGUUGCAGGAAUUACCCUCGCGAGGAAGCAACUGCAGCGGAGUUGGGGGUUGCUCUUUCCUUUCCCCGGUCCCUGUGCACACACGCACGGGCCCUCCUUCUCCCAAAAAUUGGGGUAUUGCCAUCCAGAAAAGCACUUUAGCAGCAGACUACAUAAUAUUAGUUAUUAUUACUAGAAGUAACAGUCAAGUAGGAGCAAACCUAUAAUUACACCUAAAUUCACCUCCUCUUUUUUUCCUCUGGGAAAGGCUAUUUAAGGGCUUGUUUUACACAGAGACAACUCAACACCAAACAAGCCUACACCUCUUUCUCCAAAAUACCUGUCCUGUUAGCAGAAACCACAGCCCAGCUUACAAAACCAAAUAUUUGCUAAAUAUUUACUAACAGUAACUAAAUAUAUAGUAAUAAACAACACAAUAUAAAUAAUAUAUAAAAAUACUAAAUAAUUAACAAUAACUAAAUAUUUAGUCAUUUGGGGGGGGCCGUUCACUCUACUAAGGAGUUAGCUUAGAAUCCGGCUUCAGAACAGGAACUGUGGAUUUUUAAGAAGUCUGGCAACUGCAAUAAUUUAAAAAAUGAGAAAGUAGGCACCUUAUUAAUUUCUGUAUGCAUGUAUAUAUGUUAUAAUAAAUACAUGUACCUAUGUGUGUGUAUACAUAGAUACACACACGUAUCAAAGAAAGAAAUGGGAGUUUUGCUUAAGAGGUGCCCAGGUGGCUGCAGAUAAGCAGAAUCUGAAACUUUCUUUUAAAUUAGAGCCCUACCUGCAAUAAAACCCUUCCUGGAGGGGAAGGUUGUCUUGCCUUUCCAUCACUGUGCGGGUUCGGAGUCGGCUGCCUCACCAGCUGCCUGGCUGCCCCGAGCCCUGUGGAACAGGGACCCGGGGUGGGAAAAUGUGGCUCUUCCCCUUCGUGUUGAAUAAUCCAGAUUUUACUGGGCUGAAAGGGAAAAAGCGACUGCGAGUGCUGCCGGCAGGGCAGGCAGGGCUCUGCAUUAGGGGUGAGCUGGCUCCGGUUAUUUCCAGUGACUACGUAAUAUGAAAAAAAGAGCGUGUUAACCCACAGACUUGUGUUUGCACUGGGCCUGAGCUAGCAGAUAGUCUUGCCGAAGGACGACCAGGUUUCUGGCCUGUUUUGCUCAGAAAAGCCAGGAGAAAGCCCUCGCAAGGUUAUGUCAGCACACGGAGGGCAGACCUAGCACCGCGGCAUCCUUGGAAGCGUGCCUUUGGGCCGUGAGGGAUGCUGCACCACUGAAAGCUUACCUACCUUCAAAUUGGUUUGUGUUUUUAAAGGAAGAAGUAAACAAAGCCUGCACAAAUUCAGAGCUGUGAAGCACAGGCACGGCUCCUUGGCAGCCCGGAGAUGGCCCAUAGGAGAAUUGCACUCCCAUUUAUUUCCACAUUUCCUCCGUACUUCACCCAGCAGCUUUCGAGGAAAACACGUGUUUAACUGUCACCUUAUCAGCGCAGAGAAGCUAGCAGAUUGGAAUUAUGUUGUGUAAAUACUUGAAACAUAAAGGAUUCAAGAAUUACUGAUAGGCAGCCAGAGAAAGCAACCUCAUUUUAAAAAAAGGCAGGCAAUGAUGUAAUUGAUUUUUAACGCAGAAAUAAUCUGAAGGGACUAAAGAGGGUUCAAGAAAGGCUUAAAACCCCCACAGCUUCUGUGUCUUGGAAACCAAUGUGGUUUUGCCAUCUGCCAGGUUUUCCUUCAGCUCUUUUGCACCCUGGGUGCUCCCUUCUUCCUCCUGAAAUAGUUUCGGCCUUCCCCUUGGUAAGCAGUAGGAGCAUUGCAGGAGAGACGAUAAUUUGGCCCAAUGUUAUUUUCCAUGGUCACAGUUUAUUCUUCUGUUUAGCUUACGGUUUGGCUAUUGUUUAAGAUUUGCAAUUUCAGAAGGCUGAAUUCCUAGACAGAAAGUACUCUUUGGUGCAGUCAGGCAACAUGAGGAAUCUGAGGACUUGAAAAUGAUCAUCAUAAACUCAAAGGUGCUAAUACUGUCAGGAAUUUGCAAUUUGCACUGAAAGGCAAAAGGAAAAACUCUUGUAGAACCAGGCUUUGGGUGGAGCAGCCACUUUGAGCAGGACCUCAGAGAAGCACAAACCAUAGAGGGACUGGGGGAAAAAAAAAAAGACGACCAGCUGAUCAGUAAAAGAUGCAUUUUUAGAUCCAGGAGCAAACAGAUGAACAGAACUUGGGAGAAGUCAAGCUGAGUUAGACCUCGCAAAGGAUGUUAAACAGCUGGCGAGGAGUUCUGCAGCCACCUCCACAAAGGUAGGCAAGGGAAAGGAACCGCAUUGUUUUGAAGGAAGCACAGAGCAAAACUCAUCCCGGUUCGUCUGAAACGUGGGCAGCAGGUGGGGAAAAAACAGGCAAGCUCAGCCAGCACCAAAGUGAAGAGGCUUUAAAAAUAAGUAAGGCAGGGUCAGCCUCCAUCCUUCACAGCAAGUAAGGCUCCUACACACGACCACUUCAGGGACCGGCAAAAAUGGAUGUUGCAUGUCUGGGGUUGUGCUUUGUGAUCCAGACUGAAUUUAUGCUGUUCUUAAACAGAUGUUGAAUUAUUUAGCACUGCUGAGGAAAAGGAUAUCCCGCUACAGUACAAAGCUUGAUUUGUUUCUGCAUGGUUUUGUCUUGGCCAGAUUUAAAAUUGAAAAUAUGCAUUGAGAAAUAAUCAGUUAUUUGACUCAGUCUGUCAAUACCUUUUGACAUACAUUGAGCCAGCUCCAAUCAGAACCUGAAUUAGUCUUUCACCUGCAAUUUCAGUAAAAGUAACUAUUCCAGUUACUAGCCUUGCACAAGCUGGUUUGAGAUACAAUAAUUAAAAUACCUUGGGGUAGUAGCCUGAGCAGAGCCCAUUUUAUGCCAGCCUAAAACAUUCACCUAGGGAAACAAAACUGAGCAAGAAGUUACUCAGCUACAGCUGCUACAACUCUGCUGCUCCAUUUCCCUACGCAGACCAGGCUUUGCUGUAUCCGAGUCCCCAAAUACCUCGCCGCAUGCAUUUUUGGAAUAUUUCUGUGGACUAAAAGCCCUCCAGACUUCCAAAGCAUGCAUCAUCAACUAGAAAGGGAAUUGCGUUUCAAUCUUCCAGCUCCCCACUGCCACCUUCAGCAGUAAAACUCAAAAAAGGUUAAAAAAAUUUAGUAUUCUAGCCCGUUUUCUGCCUUCGUAGCUAGCUACGUCACCACAGCAGUCUGCUUUCACACUUCUGUAUAAACAUCACCAGCAUUGCAGGACAGUAUGGAAAGAGUUAAGGACAGCUGUAAAAGUUGCUUAAAGAAAUAAGCAGUCAGAAGACAAAUACAGUUCUCCAACUAUUAACGUUUAUUAAAAGUUUGACCAAAGUAGUUUUAUUCCCAAGUUUUGUUUACAAAAGUCUAACAAUUUCCCCAGGUAGUCAAAGAUUAAUAAAAGAACCGAGAUGGCAUUGCAUUAGUGCAUAGAAAGCAAAACUGGUCUACAAUAGUAAAAAAAGAAAGAAA